GCUCGAUUAACAUAUAAACUAUUAAACUUCCUUUUUCCCAAAACAAAGAGAAAAAGGGGCACAAGAAAAAUCCCUGCCGAGUGUCUGUCUUUGUUGAGUGGCUUCAGUCAGUCAAAUCAGUUAGACAGAGUGAUCAGAGCGAGCUACGAAUUUUCUCUUCUCUUCUUCCAGUCAAUUAUAAAACGCAAAUGGAAUCAUCGCCUCACUAAAUCCCUUUCUUUGUUCCCUAGUCACACUCACACCUUCCUUCUUCUCCCUCGGAGAUCCCGCUUCCCCCACACAGCACCUUCUUCUCCGUUUCCCACGCCAUUUUGAUUUCAUUCACCCGCACUCUGUAAAAUAUCUCUCACACUUGUCUAUUAGUCUUUCCCCGCAACCUCAACCUCACGGCGACCGGAAUCUGCUUCCUUCGGCUUCUUCUUCUCUGAAGUCCGCAACACUUGCUAUUUCUCCCAACUAUUGAACUACUAUCUUCACCGGCCAGCUCCCGCAAUCCCCACCGUGCUCUCUUCUCAGGGAAUUAAGGGGAGGGAGUAGGGAUGCUGAUGCGGAGCAGAUUGGCUUGCUGCACUCGGGACAGAGGGAUUAGCAUCGACUUCGAUGAACACGAAAGUAGGAUAAUGACCUAUGAUGGCCUGGAGAGCUGUAUUCAAAACAAUCAAUCUUAUGAAAAUGAAAGCGGGACAAGCAGAGGCGAUGGAUUUGUAAGCGACUCAUUGGAUGAUGGCGCUUCCAGCUGCUCAUCGAGUAAAGAUGUUUUUGGGUCGUUCUCUUCUAAAUGGUUGAGUGUGAAAAGGGAUUAUCAGAGUUCUGAUGACUGGGAGCUUCCAGAAAGCCCUCAGCACUUUUAUGCCAAAGAGAAACCAGCUUAUGUUGUUGGGCUCUCAGAUGUGGAGACAAUGAAGGAGAAGUUUGCCAAGCUGUUGUUGGGAGAAGAUAUCACUGGCGGCAGUAAAGGCCUCACUGCUGCCUUAGCAUUGUCCAACGCAAUAACAAGCCUGGCAGCAUCUGUUUUCGGGGAGCUAUGGAAAUUGGAGCCAUUGCCUGAAGAAAGAAAGAACAAAUGGAGAAGGGAAAUGGAUUGGUUGCUUUCUCCCACGAACUACAUGGUUGAGUUGGUUCCUGCUAAGCAAAAUGGUGCAAAUGGCCGUACCAUGGAGAUAAUGACUCCCAGAGCCCGUGCAGACAUCCACAUGAAUCUUCCUGCACUUACAAAGUUGGACUCUAUGCUAAUUGAAACACUAGAUUCAAUGGUGAAAAAUGAGUUCUGGUACUCAGAAGUGGGCAGCAAAGCUGAAGGAAGAAACAAGAGUACAAGGCAGAGCACAAGGUGGUGGCUUCCACUACCCCAAGUUCCCACAGCUGGACUAUCUGAUACAGAAAGGAAGAAGCUGAUGUACAAAUCCAGGGUUGUCUAUCAAGUAUUCAAGGCUGCCAAAGCCAUCAACCAGAGCAUUUUGCUUGAAAUGCCUGUCCCGUCCAUGAUUAAAGAUGCACUUCCCAAGUCUGGACGGGUGAAUCUCGGGGAGGAACUGUACAAAGUAUUGACAACGGAAUCAGCUAAAAAAGAGGAAAUGCUCAACUCUCUUGAUCUGAAAUCUGAACAUAGUGUGCUUGAAGCGGUGAACAAAUUGGAAGCUGCCACAUUAGGAUGGAGGGAGACAAUCAAAGCAGCACAAGUUGGCAAGAAGUCCCCCAUCAGAACAUCCUAUAAGGUGCAGAUCCUUGUAGACAGAGCGGAAUCCAUAGCCCGGCAACUUAAGGCUAGACAUCCGAAUCUUCCUCAAACAUUUCUUGAUGCUUCUAAAAUCCAAUAUGGCAAGGACGUUGGACAUGCAAUCCUUGAAGCAUACUCCAGGGUUCUGGCGAACCUGGCAUGCAGCAUAUUGACAAGAAUAGGAGACAUUUUGCAAGAAGAUGCUGCGAGCAAUCCCAAUUCUGCAGCAACUACUCCCAACUGGGACCAAGUUGGCGGAUCAGGCUUCGACAUGGCAGGUGGUGUGCAUGGAUCGAAGCUGCACCUGGGGGAGUUUCACGAGGCGAACAGCAAGGUGGAGGGGAAGUUACGGUAUUCGGAUGCCAGCAAUUCGGUUUCCGACUGGGAGUUUUGCCUUAGCGAACCGAAGUCGAGCUCGUCUGCGAACGAGACCCCCAGCCGGAGUAGAGUAUGGUGCAUCGGCAGAGAGCAGGUCGAUUCUGCUCAAGCUGCACUGGCUGCAUUAAAUGGGAAGCCUUGUCCUGAGCUCGGAGGGCGAUCUCUGCACAUUCGUAAUUCCGUCCUUCAACCAAUUGGCAAGAGUCCGGUCGACCACGCAAUCCCAGUAUCCCGUCUGGCUUCAGAAGUGAAUAUUCCAGGCCUUUACUUGUUGCACGACUUCGUCACUGUGGAAGAAGAGCAAGAAUUGCUUGCAGCAGUUGACAGUAGGCCUUGGAACAAUCUCUCCAAGAGAAGGGUUCAACAUUAUGGAUAUGAGUUCUGCUAUGAUAUAAGGAAUGUCAAUACAAAGAGGUGCUUGGGAGAACUUCCAUCCUUUGUUUCUCCUAUUCUCCAAAGGAUAGCAUCAUUCCCGGAUCUAGAUCAUAGUACUGCAAGUUCAAUAUUGGACCAACUUACGCUCUGUUGCAGGUUAACGAGUAUCCGCGUGGGGUUGGACUCUCCCCUCACAUAGACACCCAUUCUGCAUUUGGGGAUUUCAUUUUUAGCCUUUCACUAGCCGGGCCUUGCAUUAUGGAGUUCAGGCAAUAUGUAGAUGGUUCACUUGCUCCUACAAUUGCUUCGAGCACUGAGAUGGAAGCUGAUCACUCUCACGGUAGCUCAAAUUUGAUUAGGAAAGCCAUCUACCUUCCUCCUCGGUCAAUGCUUCUAUUAUCUGGGGAGGCACGUUAUGCUUGGAAUCAUUAUAUCCCACAUCACAAGAUAGACUUGGUGGAUGGCACGGUGAUAAAUAGGAGUUUGAGACGGGUCUCUUUUACCUUCCGUGAGGUACGAAGAGGACCCUGCCAGUGUGAAUUUCCUCAAUACUGCGAUUCACAGAGUUGAGGAGACAAUUGCUUCGAUCUGCAUGGACACUGCACUUACAAGAACAUGAUGAUGGAAAGGAUGAACCAACGGUGGAGUUUAUAGCAUAGGAGAUAGGAUUAAUCCGGGAUGCAAAGAUGGUGAUAGUGAUCAGGUGAUUCUGUUUCUUCUUCUGCUCUGGAAUUUGACUGCUGAACUUGAGCAUGAGAUGAUACACUGUUAAGAAUUUGGGAGUGCAUGAUUGCAAGAUAUUGCUUCCGUUUCCAUACACAAACUUUAAUAGUUAGUUCUUUUUUGAUCAUCUGUCUCAUUCCUUUCAAGUCCAAACUAAUUAUUAUACAGUUUCGCGUUCAACAAAAUACGGCAAUAAUAUGAUGUGGAAGCUAUUUAAUUUGAUUUAACAGACUAACC